GUGAGGAACCUGGCUCCUGCGUGCCAGCCACUAGCAGUUGCCCGCGCCACCGCUCCCGCCGACAUCGCCGGGCGCCACCGGUAAUGCAAUGGCCGCUAUCGUCUCUUCCGCUGCGCCAACGACGCCGACUCCCCCGCGCGCCCGGAGGCCUCGACAGGCGCCCAGGAAUAGGCGCCUCCCCCUUGGAGGCCCCGCGGCGGGCCUCUUCACCACGCUCGGACUGAAUGGCAGCGGCGCCGCUCUCGCCGCCCCACUCUCCUACGAGGAGAUGCUGCGGCUCUCGUCCGACACCGCCGGUGGUGGGGGUGACGGGUUCUCCCUCCCAGACCUCGGCCUCGGCGGGUUGGUGGACUUCGUCGCGCAGAACCCGCUCGUCGUCGCCGCGGGCCUCGCCGUGGUAGCCGUGCCGUUGGCCGUUUCCCAGGUUCUUGGCGGCGCCUCCAAGCCAUACGAAACCGUGUCCGUGAAGGCCGCGUACCGGAGGCUUCUGGAGGAGCCAGACGCGCAGCUCGUCGACAUCAGGCCGCUCAAGGACGCCCGGGAGGUCGGCUUGCCGGACAUCUCGGAGGCCAAGAAGAAGGCGGUGGCCGUGCCCUACGACGGGGAGGACAAGAACGGUUUCUUGAAGAAGCUUGCGCUGAGGUUUAAGGACCCGGAGAACACCACAUUGAUCAUCCUUGACAAGUUUGAUGGGAACUCUGAACUAGUUGCUGAGCUUGUCACAUCCAAUGGCUAUAAAGGUGCUUUUGCGGUAAAGGAUGGUGCGGAAGGACCUCGGGGAUGGCAGAGCAGUGAUCUUCCGUGGACUGCUCCCAAGAAGGGAUUCAGUUUGGACUUCGGUGAGCUAUUUGGGGAUGGUUCAGAAGGUUUGCCUGUCACAAUUGGUCUUGCUGCAGCUACUGGUUUGGGAUUACUUGCCUACACAGAGAUAGAAACCGUGCUACAGUUUCUGGGUUCAGCUGCCAUUGUCCAGCUUGUGGCAAGCAAGCUCGUGUAUGCCGAGGAUCGAAAGAAGACCCUGCAACAGAUUGAUGACUUCUUUAACAAGAAGAUUGCGCCAAAGGAGCUUGUUGAUGAAAUUAAGGAAAUCGGGCAGGCUCUCCUGCCUUCAUCUGGUGAAGCUAAGAGCCAACCAGCAGCAGCAACAGCGGCAGCGCCCCCUGCUGCCACGGCAACUGCUGCACCAGUAACAGAACCAGCAGCCCCAGCUGCUGCCACGGCAACUGCUGCCCCAGUAGCAGAACCAGCAGCCCCAGCUGCUGCCACGGCAACUGCUGCACCAGUAGCAGAACCAGAAGCCCCAGCUGCAGAAGCCAGCACAGAGUCGCCUCCUGAUACCACAACAUCAUCGAGACCCCUGUCACCAUUUGCAAAUUACCCAGAUCUCAAACCACCGGCCAGCCCUUCCCCACCAGCUUCAGAGGGUAAAACCGAGGUGAAGGCCACCGUUGUCGCAGCAACCGAAUCGCCGGCGGAAGUUAACUCGGCACCGGUGGCAGAAGCCGUCGAAGAGUCAUCGCCUCCUGCGAAGCCCAGGCCUCUUUCGCCAUAUGCGAACUAUCCAGAUCUCAAACCGCCGGCCUCUCCUUCGCCUUCGCCGCCUUAGUGAUGGGUUGUUUUGAGAGGAUCGAGCUUAUCGCUGGCUGUCGUCCGUAUAAGAAACCAGGUAUAGAGGGCCAUUGAGCUGUUCAGAAGGCACCACGCUAGAGUACCAAGGUCUCAAGCAGUACAUAUAUAUCUCCAGUGAUUGAUUCGUUUUGCUUUUGUAAUUGUGGAACUACUAGAAGUGUGAGUUUACGAGUCUGGGUACUGCCUUGACAUGUUUCACCCGCUCGUCUAUGAAGAAACUGAGGCCGGCGAGCUUCCAGUUGUGAAGCGUACUGUCAUUGUUGCAAUCUGAUUUUUUUUCUGGAAA